AUGCAGGAUGCAGCUUGGAUAAUGUUACCUGCCUGCUGCGCAGGGCUCGUCAAAUUAAUGUGUACUCAAAAGCAUGGGAGAAUGGCUAAGAUGUCGUUGCAUCAAUCUACCAUGAGUGAAGAUGCGUACCAUCGACUGGCUGCUCGAGCAUAUUGGAGGGCCAUGCACAUGUUAAGACGUUAUGACGACUGUGGCGAGUAUUCCGAUGUUGGGGACUUGACAACAACUAGUUGA